GAAAAGAAUAGAAAAAGAAAAAAAGAAGGUCAUUAUAGAGUCCUUGACACACACAACAAGCUCUCACAAAUUGACACUGCCUUGGCAGAACCAAGCAAGGGAAGAGAGAAGAAAGAAAGAAAGUGAGUGAGUGAAAAAGUUUUGGCCCGUGGUGUGAUUUAGUAGCACCACCAUGUUACCAUGUUGAUGUUGGAUUCUUAAAUCUCCAACACCAUCUUUCUCUCUCUUUCUCUCUCUCAAAAUCCAAAACCCAUGAUCACCAAUUUGAUCCGCAAAUUUGGCUAAUCAAUUACCUCACUCACUCUUUUCUUUUCCUUCUUUCAAAACCCAACCAGAUCUCCCAUCCAGAUCUCCGAUUCCCGAACCAAAUGUUCCAACUUUGGAACUUCUGAGGCACCCCUUUGUCUUGUUUCUCCGACCCAGAAGACGUUUUAACGUUGUUUGUCGGAAUCUGGUUGAAAGUUGUGUUCUUUGGGAGCGAUGACUUCGGGGACGAGGCUACCCACGUGGAAGGAGAGAGAGAACAACAAGAGGAGAGAGAGGAGAAGAAGAGCCAUAGCUGCCAAGAUCUUCGCAGGUCUUAGGAUGUAUGGAAACUUCAAACUCCCCAAACACUGCGACAACAAUGAAGUCCUCAAAGCUCUCUGCAACGAAGCUGGUUGGACCGUUGAACCCGAUGGAACCACUUACCGAAAGGGAUGCAAGCCUUUAGAGCGCAUGGACAUAGUUGGUGGAUCAUCAGCAGCAAGCCCUUGUUCAUCUUACCAUCCAAGUCCAUGUGCUUCCUACAAUCCAAGCCCUGGCUCAUCCUCAUUUCCAAGCCCAUCCUCAUCUCCUUACACCACAAUUCCUAAUGCUGAUGGCAAUUCCCUCAUUCCAUGGCUCAAAAACCUCUCUACUGCCUCAUCCUCAGCCUCAUCUCCUAAGCUCCCCCACCUCUACCUCCACAGCGGCUCCAUCAGCGCGCCGGUCACGCCUCCUCUGAGCUCUCCAACAGCCAGAACGCCACGAACCAACGUGGAGUGGGACGACCAGUCUGCCAGGCAGGGUUGGACCAGGCAGCAGCACUACUCAUUCCUGCCAUCUUCUAGUCCUCCAAGCCCCGGACGCCAGGUUGUUGACCAUGAGUGGUUUGCAGGGAUCAAGCUUCCUCAUGUGAGUCCAACUUCACCAACAUUCAGCUUGGUAUCCUCAAAUCCUUUCGCCUUCAAGGAAGACGGCUUGGCCGGCAGCGGCUCGCGAAUGUGGACUCCGGCUCAGAGUGGAACAUGCUCCCCUGCUGUUCCACCAGGCUCUGAUCACACUGCUGACAUUCCAAUGUCUGAAGCUGUUUCAGAUGAAUUUGCAUUUGGAAGCAACAUGUUGGGGCUUGUCAAGCCAUGGGAAGGAGAAAGGAUCCAUGAGGAGUUUGGAUCAGAUGAUCUUGAACUCACACUUGGUAACUCCAAGACCAGAUGAAGUCACAAAUAGGAAUGUCAGUAAUUAAAGAUUAUGUGAACAUUGACUUCUGUUGGUUUUGUUCAGUAUAUGUUAGAAGGUGAGUGCAAGCAGAUGCUUUCUUUUAUCCUUUUUUUUUUUGGUGACUUUCCCUUCUUCAUUUUAUAGUUCUCCAGUAAUAUACAUGUUUAGUUAGGUGUGGGGUGGAUUUGCAUUUGCAACCCAUUCAUUUCAUCAUUGUACGUGUUGUUAAACCUUAUUAUUGGAAACAUCAGUAUACAUUGUAUGGAUUGGCUUGGUUUGCCACUGAAAGAACUCCACAGAUUGCAACCUAACUCAAUGGCAAAAAGAACCCUUGUGGAAAUUUGAUUCAAUGGUCCUUUUUUAUUUGAUACGUUAUCACAUUCCUCUGCAUGUGGAUGAUGACAUUUGUA